GUGAAGAUAUCCAGUAUUUUAAUCAUUCUUUUUUUUUUCUUUUUAAAGCUUUAAAAUGACAUCCUCGUGUGUUUUAAAGCUCGCUAACAACAAAGGCUCGUGAGUUUCUCGCUAUAAGCCGUGUUUCUCAGCACAGCUCGUGCACUCGCGCCUCAAUUUGCCUCACACGAAUUACGGCGAGACGCUCGCGCGUGACAUUAUGCGCUCGAGCACACGAAGAAAAGCGGGAAAAUAGGGCUGGGAGGAAAAACAAGGAUUUGGAGAAGGAAAGGGGGGGGGGGAGAAAAAAGAAAGCGUGAAUGCGAGUCAUGGUGUAAUCACGGUGUUAAUCACACACCUAUUUUCUAUUUUAAAGGAGAAAGCCAGGGUGGUGAGGUAUUGGAUGCUCUCGGAUGCGCGCGCGCGCGAGAGAGAGGGAGAGAGAGAGAGAGAGAGAGAGAGAGAGAGAGAUGGGCUGGAACAUGAUGGUAAUGCUGAUGACUGACUGACUUGGCUACACUGGACGGGCGACUUAAUUUUGAACAAGUGUCCGCUUUCGGUUUUCGUCUCCUUUUUAUCCCUAAAUCGAUGAACCUGAACGGUGGAACUUACACUCGUUUUUUUGCGGGGAGAAAAUACACAAAUAUUGCGUGUCUUGCUGCGCGGUCCCCCCCCCCCGGAGUGACCACAGAGAAGGGAGAAGCUCGUUUAUUUAAUUUAUUUUUAAAAGCAGAACAAGGACACAACCGGUCUAAACCAAGAUCAAUGGUCCCUCCGUCUCUCUGACCAUCACUGGCAAGCACAAGGGAUUUCAAUUGAAUUACCGGUGAUGUCCAAGAGCAUUUCCUUUCCUCAAUGCGAAAACAAACGGCGGCGUUAAGAAAAGUUACAGCACGCCAGGGAUGGUGGAAAAAGCUUGCGAAUGGUGAGCAAAAACACAAGAAGCGUUUAGUCCAUGAUGCAUGACAAUUGCGCAUGAGACAAUGCGUCUGGGUUACGCGCAGCAAGACCGUGCUCAGUGAGAAAGUUUCCUAGAAAAUAGGUGAUGCUCUGAUCGCCCAAAGGAUUAUCUUAGUAGGAAGAAAAAAAAUGAAUCGGACCUCCAUUAUGUCCGUCCCAUGUCGUCUAUCUGCAGUUUGGGAUUUUCCUCAAACCCUUGAACUCCAAUCGGGUGGUUUUUAGAACGGAUAGCUCUGAUAAAAAACAAAGGAAAAAAAAAACAUUCUUCAAACCUCAGACUGUGGGAGAAAACCCAGAACAUACAAGGAGAAGGACACAAACACUUCACCUUGGAUGCUGGUCUUUUAAGGCGGUGAAGCGGUGCUCAGGCUUUACCCAGAGUGAAGCACAAACAAAGGCGCUGGCUACGUUAGCGUCAACUGUUGCCAAGCAUUACACCUUUCUGAAGCUUAGCAGGAGACCUACAGUCUGGGUAUCUGUGAAGUAGCUACACAGAAGUGAAGGGCACCACAUCAAGAAAACAAAAAGAGGAAAGGUUAGACUUUGGAAUCAUGGCUCCUGAAGUCAUGGCUGAGCUCCGUGAUUGGCUCUUUCUUCUCCUGCUGUGCCUCACACUGCUAGCCGAGGUGCUGCAGUGUGCUGCAACUGCCUCACAGCGAAUGGAUGCAGAGGGGGAUGUAGUGUGUCCCUCCGUGUGCCGCUGUGACGAAGACUUUAUUUACUGCAAUGACCGUGGUCUGAGUGCUAUCCCACCACUCCCCCCAUCUGCCUCCAUUCUUUAUCUUCAAAAUAAUCAUAUAGAUAAUGCAGGACUUCCAACAUCCUUGGAGUACCUCACAACUGUGGAGGUUAUAUAUCUCUACGAUAACGAGCUGGAUGACUUUCCCAUGCAUUUACCGCCAUCAUUACGAGAACUUCAUCUCCAAGACAACAACAUCCGAGUGUUACCAAGAGCUGCAUUAGCCAGGUUGCCUCUCCUGGAGAAGCUACAUUUGGAUGACAACUCAGUGUCCACGGUUAGUAUAGAAGACCAGGCCUUUGCCGACAAUCCUCGUCUUCGUCUGCUCUUCCUAUCCAGAAACCACCUUUCCAGUAUUCCCUCAGGGCUUCCAGCCUCGCUAGAGGAGCUCCGGUUAGAUGAUAAUCGUAUCUCAACUAUUCCCACACAUGCCUUCCGAGGUUUAUCCUCUCUGCGCCGUCUUGUCUUGGAUGGCAACCUUCUGGCCAAUCAGCGGAUCGCAGAUGACACCUUCUCACGCCUCUCAAACCUCACUGAACUGUCUUUGGUACGGAACUCUCUUCAGACUCCACCUCUCAAUUUACCUAGUGCACACCUACAAAGACUCUCUUUUCAGGACAAUGCCCUGAUCCACAUGCCACGGGGCUCCCUUGAUGGAAUGCGUAGUCUUCAGAGGUUGGACCUGUCCGGGAACAACCUUACCACACUUCCCAGAGGGUUGUUCCGGGACUUGGAGAGCCUGGGGCAGUUGCUUGUGCGUGGCAACCCUUGGCACUGUGGAUGCAACCUGCGCUGGCUGUACGACUGGCUGGAGGCCAAAGGGAACACUAUUACAGUCCGAGGACUAACUUGCCAAUCUCCAGAGCGAGUUCGUGACAUGCCACUAAGGGACCUUACUAGCCAAAUGGAUGAUUGUGAACUGGCAGCUGCUGGAGGUGGGGGAAUAGGUGGAGUGGGUUUGCCAGGUGGGGGAGGUACUACUGGCAAUAGAAUGGGUGGAGCAGGAGUAACUUCCACAACUAGUUUCCCUCCACAAGGAUCUCUGUUCACUCUGCGGUCCAAGCGCCCAGGUCUGGGGCUUCCAGACAAAGGCUUAGACUACACACUUGGCAGCAGUGGUGUGGGCAAGAACCUGGCCCUGAAUGUAAAAUCAUUAUCCCAUGAUAGCAUUAGAGUUACAUGGAGUGUGGCUCAAACAUCUUCUUCUUUCAGGCUCAGUUGGCUCCGCCUGGGGACUAGUGCAGCAAUGGGUUCCAUUACUGAGACUCUAGUGAGGGGUGACCGAAGAGAGUAUCUCCUUACUGCCCUUCAACCGGCAUCCAGCUACAUCAUUUGUAUGGUGCCCCUAGUCUCUGGCACUGCGAACAAAGCCGGCAUGUCUGGAGGAAACACAGACACGGAUGAGGCUCCAGUGUGUGCAAAGGCUGAGACAUCUGAUCCCAACCUGUCUGAUGUUGAUCAAGGGGAGGAUCGGGGGUCAGAGCACAUCACCUCACUUCCACUAGCUGGGAUCAUUGGAGGAGCCACUGCGAUAGUCUCUCUAGCCCUCAUUCUUGGAAUAUUCUGCUGGUAUGGCCAUCGUUCGAGGCGCCUUUCCUCAAGGGAUCAUUACAACCGCAGUAGCUCACGCAAAAGCAAGCAUUAUGAUGACUACAUUGAGUCAGGCACUAAAAAAGAUACCACCAUCCUGGAGAUUCGAGGACCUGGAUUCCAGAUGACACCAAUGGCUGCCAGAGAGACAUUGCAACCCAAGCCAGUGCAGGAAGACUACAUAAUACACACUAUCUUCCCUUCCAAUGGCACAGGUCUAUACAAACCGCCCCAUCCCACAACUAAUGCAGGCUAUGGCACAAACCGUGGCUAUAGAGAAGGAGGUAUUCCAGAUAUAGAUUACUCUUACACGUGAUGAGCCUGAUUUAGUGAACACUAUUAAAGUAUGGUACUGGAUAGAUGCACAUUUUUUAUCUGCAUGGGGUCUACAGAACCCCAUUGUGCCUUCUGUCUCCAUUCCAACCUAGCCUGCUGUUCAUGGCACCAAGGAAGCUCUAAAUUGGCCCCAAUGCCUACUAAGCAACCGUUUUCUGUGUUUGGCACCAGGAAAUGGCUAUACCAUUUUAAGCAGUGAUUCCAACUGCCAUUUUCACUCCCCCCAGUGUAACCUGGUGUGUCCUCAGCACUACUGCUUUGUCUCCGGCGCCCUCAGUGAGGUGGAUUCAAGGGCAGUACAAACUGUAAUUUACACAGAAAAGCAUUCUAUUUAGAGCUCAAAUCAUAUGUGAUAUGGAUAAAUGGCACUUACUGAAAAAAGAACAAAUUUGUAUGUAAACUUUCAUCUCCUGUGACUCUAAUUAGUAGCUGCCCAACUGCUUCAUAGUGUUGCUCCUGACAUGUUGUGGAGGAGUACAGUACUGGCUAGAAAGAGAGAGAACACCAUGGUGGAUAAGGAUUUCUCAGAAUCCAUUGUUGUACAGGGAAUCAAAUGAUAUCUUGGCAGUGCAGCUCUACGGGGACUAAAAGCUUGCUGAAGAAAACAUGGGCUAACGUUUUGGUUCCGGUUUUCAUAAGUGACUUUGGACUUGGACAUCUGGUGUAGGAUUUAAUGAGAGAGUACAUGGAGUUACAAACAGUUGGUCGUGAAUAGUGAUGCACACUAGUUUUUAAACACCUCAAAAUGAUCUCGAUAAGGUAGCAAGUUACAUGAAGCUGCGGGGACAUGUGACCUGUAAGGUUCGAUUAGACUGACAGAAUUUUUUUAAGAAAAGAAAAGAAAAUUGCAACGCUAUUAUUAAUGUUGACACAGGCAAGGUGUGUAGAUAUUUGAAUCCAACAAAAAGACUUUUUGGAAGUGAACAUGUGAAAACAUAUUGUGUUCCAAACUUGUUAUGUAUUUUUUCUGUAAGUUUAUUUAUCCCAUACUGCUGUCUUUUUUUUUUUUGGUUUAUAUCUGUUCUAUGGUUUAAAUAAUCUGUUUAGAUAGAACUCGGUCAGUCCUGCUGCUGGUGACAUUAAAAACACUGUGGUUUUGCCUAGCCCUGUAACUCAUGUAAUGAUUAAGGAUUAUUUUGUGUUAACUAUUGUCAUUAUAUCACUAUGAGCUCUCCAACUGACCAGUUAUAUCCCAAUGUUCUAGUCAGAUCCUCCCCAAAAUCUGCCUUCAGUCUAAACCUAAAGAGAUAAUUAGUAUUGAUAAUAUUCCUGUUAAUAAAAAAAGCACUAUGAUUCCUUUCCCCCAAACUCUUAACUAUUCUCCUGAUCUGAGGUCAGUUUUAAUGUAUUUAAUAUCAGUGAAGGGAAGCUGAUCCUAUCUCAGCACAAAGGAGCCUCUAACCUCUAACCAAUAACCUUACUCCUGGAAAUGCAGUCCAUUCAGUGUCGGGUGGGCACAUGGGCAGGACAUCCAGCUGACACUUUCCUGUGUGAUUACUCACAAUAAUUCAUUUGGCUCCCCAAACCCAGCUGUAGCAGAUAAGGCUGCUAUCUACUCCAAAUAGAUAUAGCUGUAAAUUAGAGGUAGGGUUGAAUGAAAUGAAAGAUAGUGAAGAAAAAGCAUACAAACCGCAACACUGUGGACCUACACUGUGGGAGAACACGGCACUUGUUGCAUGAAUCUGAGAGACAGAUGUAUUUAAUAUUUAUUUUUCUGUUCUUUACUUUCCUUUACAUUUUUUUUAUGGUUGGAAGGGAAUUAGGAAAUGUAUGAGUGGGAGAUUCAUUUUUACAUAAUCAAACAGGUUGUGUUCAGGCAUGCAUAGAGCUGUUAUUUUAUCUCCUAUGUUUCUACAUUAACACACAUCACUCUUUUCUUACCUUUCAUUUCCUUUCCUUUCUGUUUCUUUUCUUUCCUUUCCUUUCCUUCCCUUCCCUUCCCUUCCCUUUUCCUUUUCCUUUUCCUUUUCCUUUUCCUUUCUUUCCUUUCCUUUUCUUUCCCUUCCGUUCCUUUCCUUUCCUUUCCGUUUCUUUCCUUUCAUUUCCUUUCCUUUCCCUUCCCUUUUCCUUUCUUUUCCUUUCCUUUCCUUCCCUUUUCCUUUCCUUUCCUUUC